AACACCACACCCCGUCCUGUCCCGGAUCAUAACGGUGCUGCUGCUGCUGCUCGCUGCCUCUCUGCUGCUGCUGAAGGUCGAUCAUCAUGUCGCUUGUGUCGGAGUUUCUGGGUCAGCUGACGCUGCAGUACGGGGCGGAAGUGGAGCCUAAAUUCCCCACCGUGGUGCCGGUGCGAGACUUCGACCCAGCCAAAGACGCUGCCAGGAUCGAGACGGCCAUCAAAACUAAAGGUGUAGACGAGCAGACUGUCAUUGACAUCCUGACCAGGCGCAGCUGCGAGCAGCGGAGAGAGAUCGGCUUCGAGUAUGAACGUCUCGCCAAGAAGGAUCUGAGCAUUGCCCUGAAGGGUGCGCUGUCCGGCUCUCUGGAGGCUCUGAUGCUGGGUCUGAUGAAGACCACUACACAGUACGACGCCUCCGAGCUCAAAGCCUCUAUGAAGGGACUGGGAACAGACGAGGAGACGCUCAUCGAGAUCGUCUGCUCCAGAAACACCGAAGAAUUAGCGGAGAUCAAAAAGGUUUACAAAGAGAUGUUUAAGAAGGACUUGGAUAAAGACGUCGCAGGAGACACAUCAGGAAACUUUGCCAAACUGCUGCUGGCGUUGGUUCAGACAAAGAGAGACGAACCCUCCAACGUGGUUGACUAUGAGAAGAUCGACGAGGACGCCAGAUGUCUGUAUGAAGCCGGAGUGAAGAGGAAGGGGACCGACGUGGCCACCUGGAUCUCCAUCAUGAGUGAGAGGAGCGUCCCCCACCUGCAGAAAGUGUUUGAGAGAUAUAAGAGCUACAGUCCAUAUGACAUGAAGGAGAGCAUCAGGAAGGAGGUGAAAGGAGACCUGGAGAAGUCCUUCCUCACUCUGGUGGAGUGUUUUGAAAACAGGCAGCUGUACUUCGCCAACAGACUCAGUGAAGCCAUGAAGAGUAAAGGGGCAAAGGAGAAGGUGGUGACCAGGAUCAUGGUCUCUCGCUGUGAAGUCGACCUGAUGAAGAUCAGAACAGAAUUCAAGAAGCAGCACAAACGAUCACUGUACCAGACCAUCGCUGAGCACACUAAAGGGGACUACCAGAAGGCUCUGCUCAGUCUAUGCGGAGGAGACGACUGAGACCUUGACCAUAUGGACUCCGUUUCCCAGAAGGCUGCUGGGUUUGAAAUCAGCUGACUGCAGAUGUGUUUUUUUUACAGUAUUAGACCCUUAUU